UCAGUAAAUGAACAUCUCUCCUCCUCAGCUACUUUAAAGCUGUUCCUUCUCUUUUCUCUGCUAGAAGAAAAAAAUGGUAAUGGGGAGAUCUAAUAACGUCAUCAACGUCUGUGAUUACAGUGGUACAGAGCUUCUACCGCCAAACGAUGAGUCGGCGGCGACGUCUUGGCGUCUAGACACGCACAAGUUUCGCCUUCCCGAACAGAAAAUCUCCGAUGGCUGUGAAAACCCCGGUACUGGCUUCUUUCGCCUUCUUUUCACUCCAAGGAAACAACACAAGGUUUCAGAAUACUACAAAAACCAAGAAAGGCUUCUUGAAGGGUUCAAUGAAAUGGAGACAGUGACUGAAACGGGUUCUUUUCCUGGAAAUAUGUCUGAGGAUGAGAUGAAGAAGCUUGCAAGGAGUGAGAAAUUUGCUAUUCAAGCAUCAAACAUAGCUAAUGUUGUGCUCUUUGCGGCAAAGAUCUAUGCUUCCGUUGAGAGUAAAUCAAUGGCAGUUAUUGCUUCAACCCUGGAUUCACUCUUGGAUCUACUGUCAGGAUUUAUUUUGUGGUUCACUGCACGUACCAUGAAGAAACCGAAUCAUUAUCGCUAUCCAAUUGGGAAGAAUCGCAUGCAACCAGUGGUAAGUUAUUUGCUGCUUUAACAUCAUACUCACAUCCUUAGUGUACAUUCCUCUCUCUGUUUCUUAUUUUGUUGCCUUUGUAAGGUCUUUGAGAUGUCAGUUUGUAACAAUAUAGAAUCUCCAAGUUACCGACAAUCUCCGUUUAUAUUGCUGCUUUUUGAAUCAUGUUCAUCAGCACUUUAUAGAUAGAAUGAAUCGUGAUCCUUAAG